AUGCUCCCUGGCCCCGGGCUGCCGCUGUGGGGCUACCGCUGCGGCGAGCCGAGGGCCGAGCGCGGCUGGGUGCAUGGCGGAAACAAGCCUCGGCGGGCGCGGUUCCGCGAACCGGCCGAAGUCGUGGAGGUCGACGACGGCGAGGACGACAAGCUGGCCUCGGGGUUCGCGCUCCUGGCGUCACGAGGGCUCACGCUCGACGACGACGCCAGGAAGAAGCUGGGCUUGGAGGCGGCGGCGAGCAAGGCGCCCGCGGCCGAGCCCCCGAAGUCACGCCAUGCGGCGGCGCAGUCGGCCAUGUGGAAGGUCAAGAACGCCACCGCCAAGCCUGAGCGAGCCCAGAAGUGGCUCGACGCGGCGCGCGAGCUCGCGCAGAAGGCGCUGGGCGCAACCAAGGCGGCCCGCGACACCGCGUCCGCGGCCCACGAGGACGCCGAGGUGCUGCUGGAGAGGGCGCGCCGCGCGGAGCAGGCGGGCCUGCCGCCUGAGGCAGCGCAGCAGGCGCAUCAGCGCGCCGCCGACAUCGAC